CUAGAACUUCCCUCUCCACCCCUCUCCAGUGUGAGCUCUAAGAGGUUAGUGAGAGGUAGACAGGGGCUGAGAGCUGUCCAGGCACAGCAGACACCCCAGGGUGCAGCUCCCGGACACAACGAGCCUCCCUCCCUCCAUGCUGACACUGGACUAAGGAAUACAAGGCAUCCAAGGGAAGGGCGCUGGCUGCAGGCAAGGUAAUUCUCCAGCUGACUCAGUGUUUGGGGAAAAAUUUCCAGUUGUGAAAAGCAUCAUGGCUGAACCAGACUAUAUUGAAUCCGAUAAUCCAGAAUUGAUAAAGCCUCACAAACUGGUCAAUCCAGUGAAGGUCUCCAGAAAUCAUCAGGACCUCCAUCGAGAAUUAUUAAUGAACCAAAAAAGAGGCCUUUCACCGCAGAACAAACCAGAAUUACAAAAAGUAAUGGAAAAGCGAAAACGGGAUCAAGUUGUGAAACAGCAGAAGGAAGAAGCUGAACAAAAAAAGUCAGACUUUGAGGUGGAACUUCAAAAGAGACAUCAAAGACUUGAGGAAAUGGAAAUGGAAAAACAUAAGGGUGAGGAAGAACAGGAAAACAAGCCUGAGUUUCUCAAAGUUAAAGGCAACCUCAGGAGAAUGAAUCAGGAAAUAUCCAGUGCCAACAAUUCAUAGACACCAGCAUGUCAAGGGCAUUGUUGUUUGCUGUAGAACGAUAUUUUUACUGGACUGGAGAUGAACAUUUUGUUGGAGAUUUGCCUUAAUGGACAAUUUCAGGUUGAAUUUUCACCAUUGAUGCAAUUAAGGCCUGAUAUAGCAGAGGCAUCGUUCAAGAGCCAAGAUAAGACUGUUAAAUUACAGUAUCUGGAUUCAGAGCUGUCUGCUGACAACGUGGCCUUUCUGUUUUGUUUCUUUUAAUGGGUUGACACAUAUUUUGGUUAGGCGAUGCAUUGAUGCCAUGCAGGUUCCUGUGCAACCCCUUUGUUUUUAAGCUAUUUUGCAGGGUAAUAUGAUAUUAGACUGAAUUAAUAUAGUUGCUUUUUUUUAUGUUCGUUGGGAAGACGAGAGAAAGAUCUCUGGUGUCAUUGUUUUAGCACCCUUCCCUGUCCUUUUUUGAAGUGCUGGAAUAAAAAAACUAGGAUCUAGGUAGUUCUGCUACACUGGUUUCAUGCUGGAGGAGUAGGCGUGGUGGACUGAUAACAAUCACAUAGGACUAGUGAUACAAUAUGCCUGAACUGCAAAUAUAGGUGCCCAAAAAGGUACAUCUUAAAAAAAGAAAAACAGUGUAUUAUUUUUUGAAGAUUACCUUUAAAAACUGUGCAUCUAUAUAUACUUUUUAACUAAAUUUCAGUUACUUUAGCUGUUUUAAGUCUGUUGGUUUCUUUUUUUAUAAAAAUUGUGGCAUAGUGAGACUGCUUUACUUUCCAUAAGGCCGAGCCAAGCAUUUUCAGUAGCAGGCAGAAAAAGCUUUGGGUAAAACCUUCAGUGUUCCAAAAAAGUUUUCAGUUUUCAGGCUGUUGGGCAUUGAUACAGAUUUUAUUUUUGUUUUUGGUUCUGUUGUAUCAAGAAUACACCUUUCUUCUAUUAAAGUAACCAAAAAAAAAAAUCUUCCCCCUAAA